ACAGUAAUGAAAAAGAAAGAAAAAAACUUGCAACUCAAUUACAAACGGGUGUGAUGAUUAGAGGCUAUACCACGUGUAGGGGCAGUGGAAAUCAUACUCUCACUCAUUCUAAUGCAUGUAACACCAUAUCUUUUCUCUUCCAAUGCGCUCUCUCUGCCUCUCUCUCUCUCUCUCUCUCUCUCUCUCUCCCUACCACUGCCUGAAAUUUUUUGGGGUCUGUUGAUCUGUCAGUUUGAAUGGAUUUACCUUGGCCUUUUCUUAUGUUGGUACGCUUGAUGACUCUCUCUCUCUCUCUCCUCUCUCUCUCUCUCCUCUCGUCUCACACAGAGUUUUCCCUCACUUUGUGGGGAGCAGUGGUUUGAAUAAGUAGAUUCAGAUUUGGCCUUUAAACUUUGAAGAUUUUUGAAGUUUUUUAGGAGAGUGACCUAAAGCUCCCAAAAGGUUGAAAAUUUUAAGGAAAAGGAGUAGAGGAGAAAGGAUGAUGGAAACAGGAAGCUGAUCUUCUUGUAUAAUUGUAUCAUUCUCUUAUUAUUUUCAGAUGCAGCACCAUAUUUUCUUCUCUUCCAAUCCUCUUCUGCAACACACCCAAACCAUAUAACAACCAUCCAUUUUCUUUAGGGUUAGUUAAGAAACCAUUGAUUCAGGUUUAGGCAUACUCGUUAAUGGUCUUUUACCUAAAAUAGCAAUUUAGUCAUAUUUGACUACUUUGAACUCCCACAUCAAAUCAAGAGUACUCCAAAAGAUAGAGCAAAAGAGCCAGAUGAGGACCCAUGAUUGAUUAGACCAAGCUUUACCCCAUUAGGCCCAUCUUCUCCCCUCCGUUUUAGAUUCUACUCACUCUCUCUCUCACCCGUUUGUCAAGGCGUUGCAUGCAUCCUGGCUGAUGGCUGAGGAAGGGGGUAACAGCAUUAUGAGGGACUAUAGGAAAGGGAACUGGACACCAAGUGAGACAAUGAUUCUGAUUGAGGCAAAGAAGAUGGAUGACGAGAGAAGAAUGAAAAGAAGUGGGGAAAGUGAAGGAAGGAACAAAUCUGUAGAGCCAAGAUGGAAAUGGGUUGAAGAUUAUUGUUGGAGAAAAGGGUGUUUGAGGAGCCAAAACCAGUGCAAUGACAAAUGGGAUAACCUUAUGAGGGAUUACAAGAAAGUGAGGGACUAUGAGAGGAGGAUAGCCGAGAGAGCCGAGGCCGGGGAUGAAGAGUCUUAUUGGAAGAUUGAGAGGAAUGAGAGGAAAGAGAGGAGCUUGCCCACCAACAUGUCGCCUCAGAUAUAUGAUGUUUUAGUGGAGGUGGUAGAGAGGAAGGGAACAGCAGCAAGUCAGAGGAUGGUGGGCGGUGUGCAUGUCUCUACUUCCAAUCCCAAUCUAGGCUUUGUGGUUGAAAGACCCGUGGCCAUGGGUAACAUCGCUCAGCCUUCCUUGCCGCCUCUAUUGCAGCAUCACAUCUCCACUACUCAAGUUCCACCAUUAGCACUACCAGGAGCAGCAGCGCCACCACCACUGCUAACGGUACCUGCUCUCACAUAUUCUCAGCCAAUGCCCACAAUCAUGCGUGAUAGCUCAGAUCCUGAUACAAGUGAGCAUUCAGACUCACCAGCAAAGAGAAGGAGAAAAGAAGGUGAUCAAAGUGCAGAGGGAACAAGUGGCACUGCAAAUACAAGCACCUCACAUGAAGUGGGCACUGCAAUCUCCAAAAGCGCUUCCAUCAUAGCGGAAGCCAUUCAGGCCAGCGAGGAAAGAGAGGAGAGGCGGCACAGAGAACUUCUGAGCAUGCAUGAGAGAAGGCUGAAGAUUGAAGAAUCUAAGAAAGAGAUCAAUAGGGAAGGCAUUGUUGGCCUUGUUGAUGCCAUCAAUAAGCUUGCUGAUUCUAUCAAUGCCUUGGCUUCCCACAAGAAUCAUCAGUCCCCUCCAAAAUGAUCAUUACUAGUAAAUAAACAGAUAUGCAUGAUUUUAUAGCUGAGAUAGAGAUCAGAAAGUCAAUUCCAUUUGCUUGGUUUGUACAUAAAUCCCAUUUGUGCCCUAUUGUAUGCCGGAUUUCACUUUCA